AUGAAACAGUCCUGGCAAAUAAAUUUUGAGAAACUCGUGGCAUACAUUGUCAAUUUACAGAAAAUAAAUAAUUCUUGCGUACACAACCAAGAGGUGGUGUACAGCAAAGGACUGCAGGCAAGCUCACCUGGAUCGAAUAGUGAGCAAGGAAGCAGCAGGGUGACGAGCACGGAGCCGUACUUCGUGAGCGAGGCGCUGUUCUGUCCUGAGGCGCAGCUCGUCAACUCGCGGCCAGUCCGCCUGCACGUCGCCACGCUCGGCCGCUGUCUCGAGCAGCCUCCAGAGGAGGACGACCUGGCCGGGCUGGAGGCAUCACUGCGCGGCUACCUGCCGCAGGCGGACGCGCCCUUCAUCUUGGACAUAGAUCUCGACUUCUUCAGCACGCGCAACCCUUUCCUCGGCCUGUACGAGCGCGCCGGGCUCUACCAUCGCCUGCGGCACAUCUACCGCUUCGAGAAGCCCGACGCCACCGACACCGAGAGUGAAGUUGGUGACUUCCUCUACACGUACAGCUGUGAUCUGUACGACAACUAA